AUGGCGGGUCUGAUCGGCAUCCUGACCAUCGCCAUCAAGCAUCGCUUGGCCCUGACAGCUAUGGCCUGGAUGCAAACCGUUCUCGGCUCGCCUCUCAUUCUGAUCUGCUCGCUUCCAGAGAUUCAUAUUGGUGGCCAUACCGAGCGGACAACGGCCAUGGGCAUUUUCUUCGUCAUGUACUGUGCUGGCAAUAUCGGAUGUCCACACAUGUUCUUGGACUCGGAAGUGCCACGUUGUCCCACGGCCAUCAAAGGACUUCUUGGUGCGUAUGCUGCGGUCGCUGUGCUCACUGCCAUCUACUGGGCCAUGUGCUGGACAAGCAACAAGCGACGUGCCAUUUCCGGUACAGACUGUGAGCCGCAAAUUACCGAGUCGUUACAUUUCCCGGCAGGAUAG